GCUUAUCUGCGUAGGGACGAGUAGGGCGUCCGAGCUGGGGAGGCGCCGGGCUGCUGGGUCCGUCGUAGCCGCACGUCGCUGCCGAAGAUCGGGGCUGACUCGGGGCCGUGUCUAGGGAGGCUCCGGCUACAGGAACUCAGGCCGCCGUCCUCACGCCUGCCUGACGCCCAAUCCGCCUUUUGCGAUGCAUUGUGGCGCCACUGUGCGGUGGCCACGAGAAACGAUUUGGCAGGCGCCGCUCUCGCCGCGACAGACAGCCGCCGCACGCGAGACACGUGUGCAAGCAAGCAGCGUGUGAGUGAAAACCGCAACAACGUGUGCGCACAGUUUGUCGCCGUCCGCUAGCCAUGGAGCCCGCUGGUGACUGCUUUGUACUUGGAGGUUUCUUCAGCGUGACGAACGGCUGGAAAAAGCGCUUCGGUAACGUCAAAAUACCCACGGAAGCGCAGCUCGAAAAACACAUGGUGUCGAGCGGAGCGCGCUUCGCGCGACAGCAAAUGAAAGGAACGAUGUUCCAAGAAGAAGGAUACGUGCGCAACGUCAUGUACAACGACGUGUCAGCAGAAUCCACGUGCGGACUUUUGCGUAGUAUCUGCCUACCGUCAAUGAAAGGCGGCUAUUACAUCGUGCACGCCGCGAUUUCCAAGGCGUCGGGCUCCAUCCUGGCUGGUCAUUGCCUCUGCCCCGCAGGCCUGAGCGGCACAUGCCAACAUUUUGUUGGGUUAAUCCUUCAUGCCAUUCACUUGGCGCAAAAGGAUGCGGCAACGUGCACGGAAGUUCCAUGUGCUUGGAUUGUUCCUGCCCAAGUCAAAAAGCAUGAGCCACCUCUGCCUCUGCAAGACAUCACUUUUCACACAAGGAAACAUGAAGGUGCGAAAAGGCGGCGGUUUGAUCCACUGCCAGGGCUCUCACCGAGUGACCCAUCUCUGCUUGCUGCCGAUCUCGAAAAGGUGGCAGCAAACUGCCUGCUUCUCCGUUAUAUGAGCAAAGAAAACUCAGGAGGAUCACUUGUAAGUGCUACACUUAACUCUGCAUGCUUGUGA